AUGGCUGAACCUCCAGCUCCAGCUCCAGCAGCAGCUGCGGCGCGACCCCAGGGCGCUGGGGAGUCAGAGCAGUCCCUGGCCGGCAGCAGCCCCGAGCCUGGCUCGCCGGAGCCUGCGCCCUUCUUCCUGCUGUAUCCGGGCGAUGGCGGCGCGGGCUCGGGGGCGCGACCACCCCACCAUCCGCCUCUACAGCCGUCACCCCGGCCGCGGGGUUGGAGGACGCCGCCGUCCCCGGGCUCGCCGCUGCCCUUUUUGCUGCUGAGCUCCCCGGCGCCCGGCAGCACCAAGCCCCAUCCCAAUUAUCUGAUGGCUAACGAGCGAAUGAACCUGAUGAACAUGGCCAAGCUGAGUAUAAAGGGGCUGAUCGAGUCAGCACUGAACCUGGGGAGAACCCUGGACUCAGACUAUGCCCCACUCCAACAAUUCUUUGUGGUCAUGGAACACUGCCUGAAGCAUGGUUUGAAAGCCAAGAAAACUUUUCUUGGGCAAAAUAAAUCCUUCUGGGGUCCACUGGAACUGGUGGAGAAGCUUGUUCCUGAAGCUGGAGAGAUAACAGCAAGUGUUAAAGACCUUCCAGGACUUAAGACACCUGUGGGCAGAGGGAGAGCCUGGCUCCGCUUGGCAUUAAUGCAGAAGAAGCUCUCGGAAUAUAUGAAAGCCCUGAUCAAUAAGAAGGAGCUUCUCAGUGAAUUCUAUGAGCCCAAUGCCCUGAUGAUGGAAGAGGAAGGAGCAAUCAUCGCUGGUUUGUUAGUGGGACUGAAUGUCAUUGAUGCUAAUUUCUGCAUGAAAGGAGAAGAUUUGGACUCUCAGGUGGGAGUUAUAGAUUUUUCAAUGUAUCUCAAGGAUGGGAACAGCACUAAAGGCAGCGAAGGAGAUGGCCAAAUUACUGCUAUACUGGAUCAGAAGAAUUAUGUAGAAGAACUCAACAGACAUUUGAAUGCAACAGUAAACAAUCUUCAGGCCAAAGUGGAUGCUUUAGAAAAGUCUAACACUAAAUUGACCGAGGAGCUUGCAGUUGCCAACAACAGGAUUAUCACUCUGCAAGAAGAAAUGGAACGCGUCAAAGAGGAAAGUUCCUAUAUUUUGGAAUCAAAUAGAAAGGUCACCAAGCAAGACAGAACUUCAGAUGGGCAGGCACUGAGUGAAGCUAGAAAACAUCUAAAAGAAGAGACGCAGUUACGACUGGAUGUGGAAAAAGAACUGGAGAUGCAGAUCAGCAUGAGACAGGAGAUGGAGUUGGCCAUGAAAAUGCUGGAGAAGGAUGUGUGUGAGAAACAAGAUGCUCUUGUCUCUCUGCGGCAGCAGCUUGAUGAUCUCAGGGCCCUCAAACAUGAGCUUUCCUUUAAGCUGCAGAGUUCAGAUUUGGGAGUUAAACAAAAAAGUGAAUUGAACAGUCGCUUGGAGGAGAAGACCAAUCAGAUGGCUGCUACCAUUAAACAGCUGGAACAGAGAUUGCGCCAGGCUGAGCGAGGCCGCCAGUCUGCCGAGGAGGACAACCGCCUUUUCAAGCAGGACUUUGGGGAGAAGAUCAACAGUUUGCAGCUGGAAGUGGAAGCACUCAUCAGGCAGCGGGGUCAGCUUGAGCUAGAGCUGAAACGAGAACGAGAAAGAAGAUUCCAAAAUAGUCAACGUGCCCCAGAGAAAACCUCACAGAAGACAGAACCCAAAAUGGAUGAGAAGCAUAAAAUCCAAGAUGAAAGUGCUAAACUAAAAAAGCCCUUGGAAGAUGGCCACACAAUUCUCCCUACCAAACUGCAGCCUCAAUCUGACAUUCAGCAGGAUCAAUUGUCUCAAUUGGGAAAGCCAGAGAGGUGCCAGCUGUGCCAUGAGGAGGGCAGCAAGACCAAGAACGUGUGCAAGAAUUGUGGCGGCAACUUCUGCGAGGCGUGCUCGGCCAGCAAGCUGCCCCUUCCUUCGAGCAUCAACCCUGAACACGUUUGCAACCCGUGCCAUGAUCGCCUGAUGAAGCAAUACUCCGUCAGCCCAUCUUAAAGCUGGGGACCAACAUGGAGAGAGAUAGCUUCAUCUGGGGCUGGUAUACACUCAGGCCAAGUGUCCGGGUCCUGCACGGAGGCCAAACCUUAGAAUCAGCAGGGACUUGGAGAGAGAGAGAAAUAUUUGAAGUCACUGAAGUGAGGCAGCAGGGAUAUUAAGCGUGCUCAGAACUGCCUUCUCUCCUGACUGACAGCCAAAAAAGAAGUCUCGUUGACCUUUGGUCUUAGCCAUCGGUUUGUUGUGCGGAAUGCCUUUGUUGGCCACAUAGUCUAGGAACAGAGGCAGGGUUACUUGGGCAGGAGGGCAUUGUGAAGGAAUUGUUCAUGUGGACAACCAAAAGUCGUCCUUGCUUCUGCUCAUCGGCAGGCUCAAGGGAGACCAAACGAUAAAGGUCAUUUUUUUCUACCACCAAAUGCUCCUGCCUCCUCUAAUCAUCUUUGUCAAACUGUGAAUUUGACCUCAGGGAUAAUGGUUAUAUAUUCUUCUGAAUGUAUUUAAUACAAGAUGGCGGUUUCUUUUAGUACCAGGAGGUUCUUAUUGUUGGCUUAAAAUUUUGUCAACCAGAAAAGCAAGAGGAAAGUGAGGAUAACUUUGGAAUAGGGAUUUUGGAAUUUUCUUUCCCAAAUCCUUACUGGAAGAGCCCCUCUGAAGUCACCUUUGGGGGAACAUCUAAAUUCCAAUAGGCUAGUCCCACAGAAAAUGGAUUUUUGCCUCCAGUGUCCUCAACAGUACCUUUUGGCAUGUAAUUUAGAGGAAAUUCUUGUGGUGAGGAUGAGGGUGCGAAAUGUCACAUACACUGUCUGAUAGA